GCUCCCGACCCUCGUCCCCGAGGCGAUGGCAAAGGCGAUGUCCAGCGCCGUGGGGCUGCGGCUCUUUUUGCUGCUGCUGCCACUGCUCGGCGAAGCCCCUCUGGGCCUCUACUUCCCGAGGGACGCCUACUGGGAGCGGCUGUACUUGGACCAGCCAGCGGGCACACCACUACUCUAUGUACACGCCCUACAAGAUGCACCCGGGGAGGUGCCCAGCUUCCACCUGGGCCAGCACCUCUACGGUGUCUACCACAAGCCACUGCACAAGAAUGACUGGAUCCACGUGGAGGACACUGGUCUUCUCUACCUCAACCGAAGCCUGGACCGCAACUCCUGGGAGCAACUCAGCCUGCGGAAUGGCGGUUUCCCCCUGCUGACCAUUUUCCUCCAUGUCUUCCUGUCAUCCCCACCCCUGCGAGAGGGCGAGUGCCACUGGCCAGGGUGCACCCGAGUGUACUUCUCCUUCAUCAAUGCCUCCUUCCCUGCCUGCAGCUCCCUUUCACUCCGGGAGAUCUGCUUCCCAGAGAAUGGGCUGUCCUUCCGCAUCCGCGAGAACAGGCCACCUGGCACCUUCCACCAGUUCCGUCUGCUGCCCGUGCACUUCCUGUGCCCCAACAUCAGUGUGGCCUACAGGCUCCUGCAGGGUGAUGGUGAUAGUGGCCCCUUUCGAUGUGCCCCGGACAGCCUGGAGGUGAGCAUGCGCCACGUGCUAGACCGGGAGCGCCGGGAGCGCUUCGACCUGGUGGCCACUUGCGCCGUGCGCUCGGGCGCACUUGAGGACGAGGUGCAGGAACCCUUCCCAGUCACCGUGUACGACGAGGAUGACUCGGCACCCAGGGUGUCGGGGUCGGGCGACACGGCCAACGCUGAGGUGGCCUUCCGGCGGAAGGAGGGCACGGUGGUGGCCACUCUGCGUGUGUUCGACGCGGAUGUGGUGCCGGCCUCGGCGGAGCUGGCGCGGCGCUACACUGGCACACUGCUGCCCCGGGAUCCCUGGGCCCAGCAGCGCUUCCGUCUGGAGCAUUUUCCCAACGAGACCCGCGUGGCGGCGGAGGGUGGCGGCACUGUGCGAGCCACAGUGCAUGACUUCAAGCUGGUUCUCAACCAAAGCCUGCCCAUCUCCGAGAGCCGAGCCCUGCAGCUGGAUGUGCUGGUCAACGACUCUACCUUCCAGGGCCCAGGCUUAGGCGUCCUUCUCCUCCACUUCAAUGUGUCGGUGCUGCCCAUCCGCCUACACCUGCCCAGCACCUAUUCCUUCUCUGUGAGCAGGCAGGCCCACCGUUAUGCCCAGGUCGGCAGGGUCUGUGUGGAGCACUGCUGGGAGCUCAGUGGUGUCCAUGUCCAGUAUAAGCUGCAACCAUCCGGCAUCAACUGCAGUGCCCUGGGGGUGCUGAGCUCAGCCAAGGACACUUCAGGGACCCUGUUUGUGAACAACACGGAGGCUCUGCAGCAGCCUGAGUGUGAAGAGCUUCAGUACACAGUGGUAGCCACCGACCAGGAGACCCACACUCAGGCCCAGGCUGCACUGAUGGUCACUGUGGAGGGGACAUACAUGGCUGAAGCAGCAGGCUGCCCUCUAUCCUGUGCAGUCAGCAAGAGGCGCCCUGAAUGUGAGGAGUGCGGUGGCCUGGGUGCCCUGACCGGCCGGUGCGAAUGGCGGCAGGGUGAUGGCAAAGGGAUCUCCAGGAACUUCUCCACCUGCUCCCCCAGCACCAAGACCUGCCCUGAUGGCCACUGUGAUGUCGUGGAGAACCAGGACCCCCAUAUCUGCCCCCAGGACUGCCUGCGGGGCAGCAUCGUUGGGGGUCACGAGCCUGGGGAACGCCGGGGGAUUAGAGCUGGACAUGGCACCUGUAGCUGCUUUCCAGAGGAGAAGAAGUGCUUCUGCGAGCCUGAGGAUAGCCAGGCCCCACUGUGUGAUGACCUGUGCCGCACGGUGAUCGCGGCGGCUGUGCUCUUCUCCUUUAUCAUCUCGGUGCUUCUGUCCACCUUCUGCGUCCACCGCUACCACAAGCAUGCGCACAAGCCACCCAUUGCAUCUGCGGAGAUGACCUUCUGCCGUCCUGCCCAGGCCUUCCCAAUCAGCUACUCCACAGCAGGGGCCCGCCGGCCCUCAUUGGACUCCAUGGAGAACCAGGUCUCUGUGGACACCGUCAAGAUCCAGGAGGACCCAAAGUGGGAAUUCCCUCGCAAGGACCUGGUUCUCGGGAAGACCCUGGGAGAGGGCGAAUUUGGGAAGGUGGUGAAGGCCACGGCCUUCCGCUUAAAGGGCAGAGCUGGCUAUACCACAGUGGCUGUGAAGAUGCUGAAAGAGAAUGCAUCCCAGAGUGAGCUGAGGGACCUGAUGUCUGAGUUCAACCUCUUGAAGCAGGUCAACCACCCACACGUCAUCAGGCUGUAUGGGGCCUGCAGCCAGGACGGGCCACUCCUCCUCAUCGUGGAGUACGCCAAGUACGGGUCCCUGCGGGGUUUCCUCCGAGAUAGCCGCAAAGUGGGACCCAGCUACGUGGGCAGUGGAGGUAGCCGCAACUCUGGCACACUGGACCACCCUGACGAGCGGGCACUGACCAUGGGCGACCUCAUCUCCUUCGCCUGGCAGAUCUCCAGGGGCAUGCAGUACCUGGCUGAGAUGAAGCUUGUUCACCGGGACUUGGCAGCCAGGAACAUCCUGGUGGCCGAGGGGCGGAAGAUGAAGAUCUCAGACUUCGGGCUGUCCCGAGACGUGUACGAAGAGGACUCCUAUGUGAAGAGAAGCAAGGGCCGGAUUCCUGUCAAGUGGAUGGCAAUUGAGUCCCUGUUCGACCAUAUCUACACCACCCAGAGUGACGUGUGGUCCUUCGGGGUCCUACUGUGGGAGAUUGUGACCUUGGGGGGCAACCCAUACCCCGGCAUUCCUCCUGAGCGGCUCUUCAACCUCCUGAAGACAGGCCACCGCAUGGACAGGCCGGACAACUGCAGUGAGGAGAUGUACCAUCUCAUGCUGCAGUGCUGGAAGCAGGAACCAGACAAGCGACCCGUGUUUGCCGAUAUCAGCAAAGACCUGGAGAAGAUGAUGGUCAAGAGCAGAGACUACCUGGACCUUGCAGCAUCCACCCCGUCGGACUCACUGCUGUACGAUGACGGUCUCUCAGAGGAGGAGACGCCACUGGUGGACUGCAGCAGCACCCCCCUCCCUCGCACCCUCCCCUCCACAUGGAUUGAAAACAAACUCUAUGGCAUGUCAGACCCGAGCUGGCCUGGAGAGAGUCCUGUACCACUCCCGAGAGCCGAUGACACUAACACUGGGUUUCCAAGAUAUGCAAAUGAUAGUAUAUAUGCUAACUGGAUGGUUUCACCCGCAGCGGCAAAGUUAACGGACACAUUUGAUAGUUAACAUUUCUGUGUGCAUGGUCAUGGACUCACAAGGGGAAGAACAUGCCGAGAAUGGACAGUCCACCGGCUCCUCCUGUGCCCGUCACCCUCGCCAGGCCAAGCCCAAGUGGCAGACUCUUUCCUGGUAGUUCGUUGUAACUGGUUUCUCUCCUGAUGACCGGUGAUGUCCCUCCUGGCAGAUGUGGCUGCCAUGUGAGUGCUGUUAAAUCCUAGCGCUAAGUUGUCCUUCCCCUUUUACACCAGGCAGCCCCUUAGUCUGUGUCCACCAAUGACCACCACCACUUGAUCCCGGCCCCAUGUAGGCCUGCCACUCGCUUGUGUGAGAAAUUGUUCCUGAACUGUCUGAUUUUCCUGGUUGCCACUGAAACAGUGCAACAAGGUCAAACCAUGAAGCACACACACACACACACACACACACACACACACACACACACACACACAUACACAGUAGGAAACCCUGGCCAGAGUAACCUGGUCUGACUCAGAAGGAGGCUCUAAGGCCUGGAUGGUGAAAGCAACCACCCCCCAACAACCCAAGGACUAGAGGGAAUGGGGGACCAGGACAGGCCUCGGCUCCAAAUAUGAGAUCCUAUAAAUGGUUUUUUAAAUCACAUAGCCUUUUCUUAGGAAGACACUUAGUUUCACCAUUAUUAAAGUGAUUUUUUAGAUUUAGCACAAUGGGGAUCUGAUGCUGCCAUUGCUGUGUGCCUGUCAGCUUCUAGAAGGGGCUCAAAGAUAGGUCCAGGCCUCCCAUGGCAAUGUAGGGUGACCACGACCCUGCCACCACAGCACAGAACACUGUGGCCUCUGGUGCUCCAUCACCCCCACUGCCACCCGGCUGUGUGCCCUCUGUGGAGAGCAACGGAGCAGGUGGGGCUGUGCUUGUGUCAGUGCGUCCCCAGUGCUCCCUCCUGAAGGGACAGACCCGCUAGUUGUAUUAGAAGUAACACAGACCACUGAGCCGGACUGCAGCUCUUGUUCUGCCAUGGGAAGACACCAUAUGGCUCUCAAAGAGCUUGUGCCUGGCUCUUUCCACUCGCAGGCAGCAAGGCAUUUUGGUUUCUUCAAUUCUCACCAUGACACACAUGUAAACUUCGUUUCACUAUACCCUGGUAUGGUCACACUCUGCACCCCUGCAGCUGUGGGGGUGGCUGUGGGAGUCCAGGCCUGUGGUGUCUCAGGAAGGGGCUGCACCACCAGAACACUGCCUGAUCUUCAGACAUCAGCACUGUGAGAGGACUUUGAGUGGUCUCUGUAAAUGCUACACUUCGUGGGCACUUCACAAAGUAGAGAAUGUUGGCAUUUGUGUGGCAGAAGGACCUGGAUGCUUAUGUGACAGCCCUGUGGAGGGUGUGCAUAUAGGCAUACACACAUCCAGAGAGAGCCAAAACAUACCCACAGGGAUGUGUAACAUAGCCUUAGUUUGGGCCAUUUUCCAGAUAUACUGUGAUAGGUUCUACAAAUACUAGUCAUGGUUCUACAAAUACUAGUUGUGACUACAAAUGUAGUCAUGGUAAGCUGGUUUUCAGAUGAGCUUCGUGAUACUCUUAUUAAAUGCAGAACUAAGGGUAAACUCAAGUUAUUAAAAUGCUCACCUAGUGUGAAUUGCUAUAAUUGGUUUGUUCUCAUGGGACGAGACCUCUGGGUCUAAAUGCUCGCCCAGGGAUGGGGGAAGUAAUCUUGCCUAGUAACCCAGCCAUCUGAGUUACAAAAGUACCCAUGCCCAUUAGUCCUGUCAGACAAUUUUCAUAUGCAUAUGUGCAGAUGUUGCUAAGUAUUGUUACCAAGUAUUAAAUAGCAAUCUGUCAGCUACUAAAAUGUGUGAAAUCCAUUUAAGAAAGGUUAUUAAGCCACACCAUGUUAAUUUGUUUUUGUAGUCAAGGUGACUGAGGAAAUAAUUUCAG